AUGGUUGCGUGGUGUACAAUCCAGACGAAAUUAGGGUUUACAAGCCGAAUCGUGAUCACUUUUCAAGGUUUCAAUUUUUGGCAAACUCAGAUGUGUCGCGAGAAGAGGAUCAAUCUUCCACCUCUAGUGUCCAUCAAAGGUGGUCGUUAUAGUCUUACGCGAGUAGGAAAUAAGAAAUUUAAAGAGAAUGAUCUAUCUUCCCGGAUAAGAGAUGCUGGAAAUCUGAGAGGUAUUCUGUGGGUAGAUGAGAACAAGGAAGAAUACGUUGUAGUGUGGUUCUUUCUAAUCCGUUCCAUUAAAUAUUUAGCCUUUUGGAAGAAUGGGAAUUCUCAUUACAGUGUGAUUUCAACAUAUAUCGGUCUUCGCACGGAGUUACAAGGCGUGUUUGAUAUGGUCCUCCAUGGUUACAAUCUUUACGUGUUAACGACUGGUAAAUACAUUCGACUUGUGGAUUUGUCUGGACGAGAAGGUUUCAAUGAUGUCUCUGCGGAUAAGGGAUUAAUACCAAUGUGGUCGUCGAGUGAAAAAGAAAACACACUUAACAUUACGGUUACAAGAUCAGGAGAGGUUUUGUUAGUCCAAACCAUCCUUGACGAGACGAGCUAUAGGACCUUCCAGAUCUACAAGAAGGAUCCUGUAUAA